AUGAGUCAGCUGGCACCGCGCCUCACCAACUAUGCCGCCUACGUCGACCCUGACACAGGCCGGCCGCGCAUCGGCCACCUCGACCUGGCCACACGGGCUGUUCAGCCACUGAGCUUUAUCUCCGGCACUCCCGUUGGUGACCUGUACCAGGUUAUCGCGACCAGUGCCGAGAGCAUUGUGGCAGCCGGACGACCGCUUGCGUCUGCCACGAUCCUGCCGCCCAUCUCCGGGCGCGACGUCCUCGCCGUGGGUAAGAACUACAUGGAGCACGCCAGGGAGUUCAACAGCUCGGGCUUCGACAGCUCCGACAAGGUCGAUCGGCCCAGCCACCCGGUGAUCUUUACCAAGCGGGCGACAUCGAUCGUGGCGGACGGCGCGGAGAUUGAGCCGCAUGGGAACUUCACGACCACGCUCGACUACGAGGGCGAGCUCGGUGUCAUCGUCGGACGGGCAGGUCUGCACAUCGCCCUUGAGGACGCCUGGGACUACGUUUGGGGCUACACCAUCAUCAACGAUGUGACGGCGCGCGAGCGGCAGCGUGAUCAUAAGCAGUUCUUUCUCGGCAAGUCAGCCGACACGUUCUGUCCAAUGGGUCCCAUUGCCGUCCCUAAAGAGGAUCUCGCUGCCACGCUACGCGUACAGACUCAUGUCAACGGCGAGCUGCGCCAGAACGCGACUACCGACGAUCUGAUCUUUUCCAUUCCAGAAUUGAUUAGCACGCUUUCGUCUGGUAUGACCCUGCAGCCAGGCGACGUGCUGGCCACAGGAACGCCUGCUGGUGUCGGCCUCGGCCUCAAACCUCCCGUAUACUUGCAACCCGGAGAUGAGAUCUCCGUGUCCAUCGAUGGUCUCGGGACGCUGCGCAAUAAAGUCGCCCAGCCGCAGAUCAAUGGUGCCAAGACCACAUCGCGUGUGCCCCCAGCCGACGCCUUUCCCCUGACCAACGCUAAUCGGUCCCUUGGUGGUACCAUCGGCCUCACCAGGAUCAACGGAAAGCCUCUACACUACCAGCAUCGUGGCAGCAUAGGCACAGGUGUUGCUGAUGGUGAUCAGAAGCCCAUUAUCAUCUUUGUACACGGCCUCGGUGGUACCCUCGAUGUGUGGACACCUAUCAUCGACACGCUGGGGUUAGAUGAGUCCUCACCGAGCAGAAUUGGCCAGACAUCAGCAUCCUUGCACCUGUUUGACCUCGAGGGCCACGGCCUCAGUCCGACUCAUCCCCUUCGGCCUGUCACCAUCGCCUCAUUGGCGGCCGACAUUGCUGGUGUUUUUUCCGAGGCGGGUGUGUCGCCUACCCGCCCUGCCGUCAUCGUUGCUCAUUCGCUGGGCUGUCUCGCCGCCGUCCGCUUCGCCCUCGAUCACCCGGACCACCAGGCUUCCAUAAAGAAGCUGGUCCUGCUGGGCCCGCCGUCGUCACCUCUGCCCGCCUUCUCCGCUGCUGGCUUGCGCACGCGUGCUGCCCUGGUGCGCCGUCAAGGCAUGGGCUCCAUAGUCGAUGCUGCCGUGUCAGCGACAAUAUCGACCCACACGCACACGAAAAAUCCUUUGGCUGUCGCUGCAGUCCGUCUCAGCCUGCUCACCCAGGAUCCAGAAGCGUACGCCAAGGUAUGCCAGGCGCUUGCCGCUUCUGAAGCCGAUGCGCUGCCUUUGGAAGACCUGCAGGUGCCGACACUUGUCGUAACUGGCCAAGAAGACGAGGUAUCACCGCCGGACGUGGCCAAACAGUACGCCGAACGUCUCCCUCACGGCCGACAUGUGGUUCUGCCGCAAACAGGCCACUGGUCCAUGUACGAAAACAUUGAAGGCGUGGCACAAGCCGUCAAGGCGUUCGUCCUGUACUAG